CUCUCUCCUCUCUGUCCGUCUCUCGCCCACCAUCGCCGCCGUCUCUCGCAGGUCUCUCAGGCGAGCAAUUUAGGGUUUCGGCCGGUUUUGGGGAGGGGGAAUCACCGUCGCUCGAUCGCGCCGCCGGAGCGAGGAUGGGCGGCGGCAACGGCCAGAAAGCCAAGAUGGCCCGCGAGAAGAACCUGGAGAAGUCCAAAGCCACCAAAGGGAGCCAACUGGAGUCUAACAAGAAAGCUAUGAAUAUCCAGUGUAAGGUCUGUAUGCAAACAUUCAUGUGCACCACAUCAGAGGUGAAGUGCAGGGAACAUGCUGAAGCCAAGCACCCAAAGAGUGACGUUUCUGCUUGUUUUCCGCAUCUUAAAAAAUGACGAGUCACAUGUAAGUUUAAGCAGUUGGGGAAACGUUACACCGUUUAUGUAAAGUGUCUACUAUUGUGUUUAGGAAUCCUUUUGGGACCGAAGCUGCUUGUUGGAAGUUGUGGAUGUUCGUGUCAGUCAAAGUGAGGUCAGAUGGAGGGGGAGGAGAGGUCGAUUUCGUCCAGUUUAAGUGUUAUCAUUUUGUUGACUCUUAUAUCAGCACCUCACAUGAGUAAUUGGUUCUUUGAGCUAUAUACUGGGUUGGUUCUUUCUA